UAUCUUUUAUUUAUAAGUUUUGAGACGCGAAUCUUUCAUUUGCAUGCAAAGGGAGUUCAAAGGUGUGUAAUUUCGGAGAAUUUUGAGUUGUUUCUUAUGUAUUAUUUUCAUAUAUAGUUCAUAUUUGAUUCCAAAUAUCUCAUCAGUGUAUCACUUUUUUUUUACAACGGCGUAUCACAUUUUAGGUUGAAUAUUCAUAAUCAAUAAUCAGAAGGUUCAACCUCGCACUAAUUUCGUAUAAAAAACAAAAAAAAUCAAACUAAUUUUGAAGAGUUUGUGCCUUUUUCAUUUCAUUUCAAUUUUAUUUUUUUGGCCCAAAUAUUAUAUAAUUAUGUUCUUUUAGACUAUAUUUAUUUUAGAAAAUUUUGGAUCAAAACAAUUUCAUACCCAUCGACAUUAUUCUCACGGAUUAUGCACCUUAUUGAUACAUAAUUAUAUCACGACAAUAUAAAAGUUUUUUUCAAUAAUUAUGAAGGUUAUAUAAAUUGUACCCACCGUAGUGUGACACAUGAUUAUGUCCAAUUUUCCUUUUCUAAAAUGUAUAAAAAUGAAUAUUAUUCUAUAGUUAGCUAAUAAAUAUGCGUAUUAACUCUAUGCAAGAUUUAACUUAAUAGUCUAAAAUCAUUAAACAUGCAUUCCCUUAUGGAGAGGUCCUUCUGUCUUUGUACAGGUGAAAUCAUGGCCCUAAGGAAUGCUUUAAUUUUUUUCCUGUUGGGUUGGUUUAUGGCAUCGAACCAUUAUGUAAUAAGAAGCCACAGAUUAUCAACAGAAGAAGAUUCAGAAUUGGAAAGACAAUUAAAACUUCUAAACAAGCCGGCCGUGACAACUAUCCAGACAAAAUAUGGCGAUUUGUACGAUUGUGUGGACUUUUAUCAACAACCAGCCUUUGAUCAUCUUUUGUUAAAGGAUCAUAAGUAUGAAUUUAAGAUGAGCUCUUAUAAUCACGAAUUAAAUAGAAGGACAAAUGCGGAUACAUAUGAUACGGACAUAUUUGACAUCUGGUCAAAUGGGAAAGGAUGUCCAUCUAAUACGGUUCCAAUUAGAAGAAUCACAAAACAAGACAUCAUCAAAGCAAAUAGGGCCGCUGAAUUGAGAUACAACAUUUCGCUCGAUCUGAAUCCAGGUGUUGAAGUCGCCAUGCUCAGAACAACACAACAAAACAAGUACUAUGGAGGUGGAAUGGAUGUAGCUGUGUACCAUCCUGCAGUUCAAAGUACACAAUAUAGUUCUAGUCAUGUUAAAGUUGAAAAUGGUCCCGAUAGUAUUUCUGUUGGAUGGACGGUCAAUCCAAGUCUAUAUCCGGAUAACGAAACUCGAAUGUUCAUAUACACAACGACAAAGGACUCGUAUUGUUAUAACACCUACUGCCCUGGUUUCAUAAUCAGCACCACUGAAGUGCCUAUAGAUUUGCUUCUCAAACCCUAUACUCAGAUCGGAGGGCCAUUGUAUGAGCAGAAAUUCUUUGUACGCAAGGAUGCUGCAAAUGGAGACUGGUUUUUGGUGAUCGGGAGAACGAACAUAACUGUGGGAUCCUGGCCGCAGAAGAUAUUCACAGCGCUGGCGGAUUCUGCAAACUACGUAGAAUGGGGAGGAGAAGUUUACAGUCCUCCAGGCACCGAUCCACCACCAAUGGGUGCUGGACAGAAGCUGCAGCAGAAGCUGUAUAGUGAUUGUUAUGGCAGGCAAGUGAAUCUCAUCAACGAAAACCAUGAAAUCGAUCACGAUCCACCCUCGUGCGAAACUUAUCAGAGCAGCAAAAGAUACCAGGUGAUAGAUGAGGGAUUAGCUGCUGGGCCUGGAAUUGGACGCCUUAUUUUCUUUGGUGGUCCUUAGCUAGAGCCUAGAACUUAGAGACUGCAAUAAUUUGACUUGUCUAGA